AUGAACACAAGCUCUACUGAAGAUAAUUUCCAAGGAUUGAUUAACCAACUUGAUGCAGUGUACGAUAAAAUGUCAGGUGCUAAAAGGAAUCAAAUCGUACAAGAACAUGAAGCUUUAAUUAAAUUCACUAACGAUUUUCAAAAAAAUCAAACAAAAUUUAUAGGUGAUUUCUUAGAUAUCGAAUCGCCAAUCCCUGAAAAAACUACUAAAAUUGCUACUCCUGAUACUAUACAAGCGGCAAAUCAACAAUUUGAUCAAUUUUUGCAAUUCAAACAGAAAAAGGAAAUCCAGAUUGAUAUAUCAGCUCAAAAAGUAACUGAUUUCAACAAAGAAAUGUGCAAUUCUAUUAAUGCAUUUAUGAGUACUUCAACAUCAAAUAAUUAA